AUGAGCCGGUGUAUCGCCCUGUUGCUCAAAGUCACUUGGGUGGAUCCUGCCUCAGCUCUUGACGCAUACACUUGCGCAUUUGUGCGCGACUCAGUUGCCCGCGUUUGGCGCAGUGGGCUGUGCUAUCUGCCGCAGGGUGGCACUGCUGUUCACACUGCGUCGUACUCGUUGCCAUCCAUUUUGCAAGCAAGGCUGCCAUGGCUCGGCCGGUGGCACGCCCCACAGCGCGUUGCAACUCCGCAAGCUUGUGCUCUUUCAGAGGAGCAAGUUCAGCAGGUGCUCCCGACUGUCCUCUUGGCCUUGGCAUGGGCCCGGGCAUUGCGACGCGCGGUCACGGCGACCGCCGCGGUGCCAGAACUGGAGCUCGGCUCGUCCAUGACGACGGCACUGGAGGUCUCAACUCCUGGAUGGUGGGCAAAUAUUGUGACCCUGGUUGUCCCUUGUGCCAUCCUCAUCAUCCUCUACUUGCAGUCUGAGCGGUCAGAGCGUGUGCAGCGAGCCAGUAUGCAAAAUGUCUUUGGGCCUUUGCUCUGGAAAGGAGGUACUGGUAACAUUGGCCCACCCGCAAUAGGCAUGACUGCGAGCAUGUCCACGGCACCUUGGGUUCGCGUCGUGAAGCGCUGUAGUCAUGCUGAUGUGAUGGUCGACUUUCGGCACUUUCGCUAUUUUCACCUCAGCCGCUUUUGCUCCUUAGCCCUCUGCCCCGCCUUCACGAGUGGACGCAGCUGCAUGGCUGCACUAGAGAAUACAGUUCCGGUGGAUCGCCGUCGCCAGGUGAGGUUCCGUGAGGCAGAUUGCAGAGACUUCCUGCAUCCGAGGUUGCCAUGGCAGUCCGUCGCGUGCUCCUGCGCAAUUGUGGCCAGACAGCUGGGGCUUGCUGAGGGGAGUGUGCUUGGACAGGUGCUCCCGAUCGUUCUGCUCGGCGUUGCGCUGGCAAUCGUCUGCCACGACAUGCUUCGUUGGCGGCACGCACUCGACUUCGACAUCACUGCGUGGAGGCUGGAAAUGGAUGCCGCAAGGACAAGUUUCGAGAGGAUCACGCAGAUGCCUUGGUCGUUCGCAGGCAGCCCCACCGCACGCGGCGCUGUGCCGGAGACCUUGGAGCUCAGCUCCUCCGUCACGACCGCGCUGGAGGUCUCGACUCCCGGCUGGUGGGCCAACAUCGUGAUAGUGACCCUGGUUGUCCCGUGCGCGAUCCUCAUCAUCUUGUACCUCCAAUCCGAGAGGCCUGGUCGACAGCUGCAAGACUGUUGCAAGUUGCAACAUCCGAGCCAGCGCGCGACAGGCCUGCUCUAUGACAACGUCCUGCAGCACAAAGGGGAAAGCGUGAUGGAUCACACCAUGCCCAAGAGUUGCCAUGGCAGUCCGUCGCGUGCUCCCGAUCGUUCUGCUCGGCGUUGCGCUGGCAAUCGCCACGACAUGCUUCGUUGGCGGCACGCACUCGACUUCGACAUCACUGCGUGGAGGCUGGAAAUGGAUGCCGCAAGGACAAGUUUCGAGAGGAUCACGCAGAUGCCUUGGUCGUUCGCAGGCAGCCCCACCGCACGCGGCGCUGUGCCGGAGACCUUGGAGCUCAGCUCCUCCGUCACGACCGCGCUGGAGGUCUCGACUCCCGGCUGGUGGGCCAACAUCGUGACCCUGGUUGUCCCGUGCGCGAUCCUCAUCAUCUUGUACCUCCAAUCCGAGAGGAACCACUUCUUGGCGCAGCCAAAGCAGAAUUCAGCAGAUGCGCAAGAAGCCGGCUGUGGUGAUGCGGCAAUGAUGGAAGACGCCUCUGUCAAGCAGGCCACGAUGGUCCGAUGUCAGCCGGUGCUCGUGCCCCUGUCCGCGAACGAGCAGAGCGACUGUGAUGCUACCCUGGACAUCGCGUUCAGCUGGGAGCACUCGGUCGAUGCAGGAGCUCUCACCAGCUCCUUGGCGAAGGCCUUGAGUCACUUUCCGUGCUGCACUGGGCGUUUCGUUCGUCGGCAGGUGUUUGUCGAGCCUGCUGCUGGAGUGAAGGUGAAACAACCCCGGCUAUGCAUAUUGUGCAACAACGCCGGCGUAAGCUUUAGCCACGGCCGCUAUGAUGGCAAAAGGCCAUCAGUGCUGGGGCCCAUCACCGGUCUGUUUGACCGUGCAGUUGGAACUCUGAGCAAGGCAGAUGCCAAAGGCGGGCCACUCUUAAGGGUCAAACUCCUGGCGUGCGAGGACGGCCAAAUUCUGGCACUGAGCUUCUCUCAGGGCCUCGCAGAUGUGGAGGGCAUAGGUUUCUUCUUGCAAGCCUGGUGCCGCACACAUUGUGGCGAGGAACCAGGGCCAGCAUCUUUGGACGCCCGCGUUGUUUUAGAAGGUGCUGUGAACAAUGGGUUCCCAAAGCUGGACUCUUCCUUCACGUACCUCCAUAGACGUGAGCUCGCCACGAGAGCAGCCACGGCAAAGGCAGCUGCUGCUGCAGCAGCUGAAAGGCUAGGCGUAACCACAUUCCUGCUCGAGUGGGAUGAGCUUCGGUUGCUAGCGGACGACUUCUCGAAAAAGUUGCGAGGUCGACGAUUGAUUUACGAUUCUGAGACACUCUCUCAUGCAGAGGUGGCUUUUGCGCUCGUGGUUGAGUCACUUGGCAAAGCAGUCUCUUCAAGUGUUUGGCUAGACUAUCGCGUCACCUUCGGCUACGACCGACUAUUUGGGCACGUCCGCGGCAUUGCGGAUGUGGAUUUGCCUGCUGAUCAUGUGCAUGCAGCCGCUGUGAUCCGAAAGAAGCUUCAAAUCGCCAAAGACAGUCCGGACUUCUGGUGCUGGAAGGCUCAACAGUGCAAAACCAGCCCCGUGGAGCCGAGCGCUGAGAUCAUCUUCUCCUCCUGGUUAGAGGCUGCGGACCUACAAAAGGUCAACUUCGGUGGCGCAACUUCCGGAUCAGGUUUGGGCAGCAGUUUCUGGCACUGGUGGACAUCCAACCCUGAGGCCUACAGAGCCGGAAGAUGCUGGAAUGUGGUGGUUUCGGAUUCUUACAGCUGCGAUUGUACACGGCACCUGCACACGCCUGCACUGUUCAAUCAAGGGCCAGGGUUUGGGCUCAAGCGUGGAGCCUGA